AUGGCAGCCACAGCAGUAGAUAAAGAGGGCCUCUUCAUCCCCCUCAUCGACUUCUCCGCCUUUCUAAACGGCGACACGGCCAAGCGCACCGAGACGGCCAAGCAGAUCCUCGACGGCUUCCAGAACGCCGGCUUCAUCUACCUCAAGAACGUACCCAUCAGCCCCGAGCUCCGCGCCGCCACCUUCGCCAAGUCGGCCGACUUCUUCGCCCAGGACGACGAGGCCAAGACCGCCGUCGGCUGGACCACCCCGGAGGCCAACCGCGGCUACUCGGCCCCGGGCCGCGAGAAGGUCUCCCAGUUCAUGGACGCCGCCUCGGUCGAGAAGGAGCGCUCCGGCAACCCGGACCUGAAGGAGAGCUUCGAGAUCGGCCGCGACGGCGAGCCCGACCACCCGAACCGGUGGCCCGUCGAGAAGCCCGGCACCGCCGUCGACGGCUUCAGGGCCCAGAUGCUCGAGUUCUUCGACCAGUGCAAGGGCCUGCACACCGAGGUCAUGCGCGCCAUCGCCGUCGGCAUGGGCAUCGACGAGCGCUACUUUGACGGCUUCACCGACGUCGGCGACAACACCCUGCGCCUGCUGCACUACCCCUCCGUCGACCCCAAGGUGUUCAAGGUCAACCCGGGCCAGGUGCGCGCCGGCGCGCACAGCGACUACGGGUCCAUCACGCUGCUCUUCCAGGACGACCGCGGCGGCCUGCAGGUGAAGAGCCCCAACGGGCAGUUCGUGGACGCGACGCCGAUUCCCGGGACGGUGGUCGUGAAUGCGGGCGACCUGCUGAUGAGGUGGAGCAACGACACCAUCAAGAGCACCAUCCACCGCGUCGUCGAGCCCCCGAGGAAGCCGGAGGAUGGGUCGGAGUACCCGGCGCGGUACAGCAUUGCAUACUUCUGCAACCCCAACUUCAAGAGCCACAUCGAGGCCAUCCCUGGUACUUACGCGACGGAGGCGGAGAAGAAGUACGAGGGCAUCAACAGUGGGAAGUACCUCGUACAGAGGCUGACGGCCACAUACUGA